AUGGGAUGCGGGGCAAGCUCGGUGAAAGUGCAUCCGACGGCACAGCGGCGCCAGCUCUCCGUGGUGCUCCCCACAUUUGAUGAACUCCUGGUGGCCUCACAGCAGCUGACGAUCUCGGAUGCUGCGGGACCCGAAGUCGCUGGGCAUGUUCGGAAAGCAGCCAAGGAGCGCCUCGUGCGUCUGGCGCAGACGGGCAGCAGCCGCGCAAGCUCCGCCAGCACAGUCAUCUUUCCGGAGGGCCACGAGGAGGAAGACUCCCUGCCAGGAUGGUCUUCGAUGGACUCCAGGGCCUUCGAAUCGAGACCCGCGUGCUCUGCUCCCAUGGCCCCGGAUCGCCGGCUUCAUGAACAGCAUCUCUGUGUGCUGGAUCAGUUUCAGCGAGAUGUGGAGCAAGCACCCAUUGAGUUCCUCAAGAUCGUCGAGUCCUGCCGCUAG